AUGUCCAUUAUUGCAACCGCAUUUACUGCAUUUUGGUCUUGUUGCAGACUUGGGGAAUUGUUCAUAGAUUCCGUCAAUUCAUUUAAUCCUACACGCCAUGUAUCACACAACACACCUCUGCAUCAUGGUCUUACUCCUACUGUAUUCCCCUUUAUCGUCUUAACAAUUCCUUGGACGAAAAUGUUGCAUACCGAAGGAGCGAGCAUAGUGACAUCUGCAACAUUCCUGGAGACGUACCUUUCUUUGCUUUUGAGACAGAUACUGUUACAAGAACAUCUAGAUGCUUGGGCCCCUACCAUUUUUCUCCUUAUCCUCCUCGUCUCAGUCCUUGCAUCACACCCUUACCCCAACCUCACUCUCAUUAUUCUCGUCAUCCUUGCUUUCCCCUUUGCUCUCUACCUGUCGCUCCAGCAGAGCCAGUACAUCUGGCCAGACUCUUUCUCUGACAAAGCAUACCCGUGCUCUGUUUCACCCAUUGACUGA